AAUGGUAUUGAUGGGAAAGAAGCCUCAAGCGUCAAACAUGUUGAAAAUAAUGAAAUGAUGUUUUGGUACCGCAAGGAAAAGGGAAGCGAAACUAUAGGCAAACAAGGCGGAUGAAAGUCAAAGAAGCUGUUUUUUAAUGAAUAUCUCCAGGACGAAAAUAAUUAUAUAUUUUCUAAUACACGAUAAAAAUUAUAUAAGACUAGAUCAGUUAAAAUAGGCGUGACACGAUGACGUUUGCUACUGACAGGAGAGGGGGCAGAUUGUUAUCGUGCAUUGUGGGCGGCUGUCUGUGGUCUUGCGUGAUCCGUGUGAAUGUUGCGGGAAGAGGGGCGGUUCUCGUUUGUAUGGUGUUCAAUGAAGUCCGAAGACACUUGCUUCUCCACGAGAUGUUCUACCCACAUGAUGUCGUGUUGGCCGAGUGCAUGCUGUGAACAUAAGCUUUGCGUGUUUUGUGGAAAUUGGAAGUGGAAUUCCUCAUGCAGCUUGCUGGGGAUGGUUUGACUAGAGCAGUGAUGGAAAGUAGUAUGGCGACGAAUUUCUUAGCCCCUGUAAAGACAGAAAAACAAAUAUAUGAAAAUUCUAUGCUUGAAGAUGACCCAAAUGCUAAUUCAGCGGUGACUCACGAAGAAAAAAUUAAACCUCGAUGGGGGCCACAUCACAAAGGAGCUCAAGAACUCGCCAAUCUUUACAGUAGAGGAAAGCGCACCCAAGAAUGCAUUUGUGUGGGAAUUUGCAUAACUCUUAUGGUUGUCAACUUCUAUUUCAUCACUGUUCAUUUUCGAUUGGAAAAUUUGAGCACAAUAGUAGUUGCAGCUCUGAGUGGUAUCAUUACAGCUGAUCUUAGCUCUGGCAUUGUGCAUUGGGGUGCUGACACCUGGGGCUCAGUGGAUUUACCAAUUAUUGGCAAGAAUUUCCUGCGGCCGUUUCGUGAACAUCACAUCGAUCCUACAUCCAUCACGCGUCACGACUUCAUCGAAACCAAUGGGGAUAACUUCAUGCUCACAAUCCCAUUCCUUGCUUGGAUGACCUGGGAUUUCCUCACUUUGGCUGAGGAGGAGGUGCAACGUAACUUUUCACGGAGCUGUUAUCUAUUUCUCCUUGCUAUUUUCGUGGCAAUGACAAAUCAGAUUCACAAGUGGUCCCACACAUACUUUGGACUCCCAGCGUGGGUUGUGUUCUUACAAGAACGUCAUGUGAUCCUUCCUCGGCGUCAUCAUCGUAUUCAUCAUGUAGCACCCCAUGAAACAUACUUUUGCAUUACUACAGGAUGGCUUAAUUGGCCAUUAGAAAAAUUGCAUUUUUGGCAAGGACUUGAAUGGGUGAUUGAAAGACUGACUGGCUGCAAACCACGUGCUGAUGAUUUGAAGUGGGCACAGAAACGCUCAUGAGAUGUGCUCAAGUGCUUAAAGAGAAUCAGUAUCCUGUCCCAGACUGAGUGAUUGGGCUUGCCAACCCUUUUUUCCCUGAAUGUUACCAGUUAAACUGUUAAGCAAGAUCAAUGAAAGAAGAUAGUUCUGCCAACCUCCAUAUUGUAUGGAUUUUAUUGAAUUCGAAGAAAUUAUUAGUUGUAUCUAGUCAGAUGGAUUGAGCAUGUUGCCAUUAUGUAGAUAAAUUUAAUGUUACCUUGUAUGCAGUGAUGGAAUUGAGAGGGAUGUAUUUCUAGUUUUCACUUUCAGGGACCAAAGGGUGAAUUGAAUGGAAAAUGUUAUACAUGCAUGGAAAAGCAUCUGUGCUAGAUGUCAGGUUCACUUUUGCUAUGGUGCUUAUGGAAUUCAGGUAGAGUGUUGCUUGCUUAAGGAUUUACAAAGAAAUGCUAUAGUUUUCUCAAUUGAGGAGACAGGAAUGUACGUACAAUCUUGAGCUUUUUAUAUACAUUUCAUAUUACCUGGAAUUUUUAUGGUCCUAUCUAUGAGCAGCAUAAAUGCUCUUGCUAGUAUGUCAGAAAGCUGGCAGACUGCUCACUUUCCUUAUAAAGACAUGGGCUCAUGCUCAGAGAAGCUACACUUAUGAAUACAUGGUAUUUUUAUUUGAAAGAUAGCUGUUCAGCAAACUGAUGUGUAUUGCAUGAAGUGAGUUUUUUUAUAUGAUGUACAUUGCUUGUAUAUUUAUAUAUGUGGAAUUGUUUAGAAGCUUUAUCCAAAGUUCAUUGUAGUUUAAUAUCAUGCCAUAAAUCAUACCUUUUUAUUGUCUGAAAUCAUACACAUGUGCGCUUGUAGAAAACAAGUGGCUUUAGUGUUGAGGUGCUAGCUUGUGUUUAUUCUUCAGUCUGGAGCACACUAAUAAUGCCUCUGGAAGACUGCUGGCCUCCAGUUGUAUUGGUUGCCUCAUACUGAAAAGAUAAAAAAUGUAUGUCAAUUUUCCCCUCCCCCAUUUUGUAAUAGUUUAUUCUGGUUGUGACUUACCUUUAAAAUGACAUGAUUUACAGUAUAUUCCAGAGUGCUAGUGUGGAAACAAUCUGUCCAUUUUUAUAUUUCACUGGAAAUGGCUUCUAGAUAAAUGACUGUUUUAUACCUACAAUCACUAUAAUUAACACAGUGCAGCUUGUGUGUGGAUGUGGGCACUUGCCAGUUGGCAAGAAUUUAUUUAUUUUUUAUUCUGUGCAUUAAAUGUAUAUUGAUGUCAACUGCUGCAAUCACGCUAAGAUAUUGACACGUGGGAUCAAUUUUGUGCAAGGAAUGUAUGACUUAGUGACAUUGAAAUUUAUUUUUAAAUUAGUUUUGCUAUUGACAGUAAAAUUUGAAUUAAAUUUGGUAAUUGCUGCUAUUAAACUGUACCUGCAUUUAUUUUGUGGAUAUAUUGCUGAGGGUUAGCUUUGUACCAUACAUUUCAGCAAGCAUGAGUGAUUUCAAAUUCACAGCUUCCUGUGAGGAGUAUUUUAUUCAAUCAUGAUAAAAUAUAUUUUGUGGGAUUUUACAUGAUGUGGGGAAGCAAUGUAUUGUUAAAAACAAGUUUGUCAUUUGUGGUCUGUACAGGUACAGACAACUUUACACAAGCCUACCAGUAAGAAAUACAGGUAACUGUUAACCAC